UUGACGUAAACCUCCAUCAGCUGAGGAAUAAAUAGUUGAAUAGUGACUUGGUUUGGAUACACAGUUAAUAUGACUUCUACAGCGGGCUUAGACCUGCCAGUUUCAAGGACGCGAUCACACGACGCAGUUUAUCAAUCUACUGGAUCACAAGAUGACCGCACUUCAGGUUCGAAUAUCGCGACCACAUCUUCUAAUAGGACAUUCAUGAGCAACAUAUUCAGCACUUUUAGGAAUAGAUCUUCCAGUCAUAGCGCUGGAUUAGACGAAGGUAGCAGGAUAAGGGGUACGAUAAGACGGCAACUUUCAAAACGUAAAUCACCGCCAGCUACUGCAGGUUCUAGUGAUGAUGGUGAUCUUGACGCUGAUUUAGAUGAUUCUGGUGAUCCUCCUGCGGACAAAGACGGUCCGUCAUACAAAAUCAGGCUUCUACCACAUCUAGAGAAUAGUCGCUCACCAAACUUUGCGAUAACUACUCGUCAGAUGAAGCCAAACGCACGCCUUAAAGUCGGUCGCUUCAGUGAGAAAGCUGCCGAAGAGGAUGCUGAUAAGAAGGGACUAAUGGGUGGAGGUGGCCGUACCGACAGUCUUAGGCUUGCAUUCAAGAGCAAAGUAGUAUCACGGUCUCAUGCUGAGAUAAGUGUCAACACGGAAGCAAAGUUCUUUUUGAGAGAUACAGGAAGCUCGAGUGGAACGUUUCUUAAUCACAGACGGUUGUCUGGUUCAACGCAGGCUUCGAAACCAUACGAAAUUCGCGAUGGCGACAUCAUUCAGCUUGGUGUUGACUACCAAGGCGGGACAGACCCACUCUAUCGUUGCGUUAAAAUUCGCGUCGAACUAGGGGAUAAGAUGAAGUCACCUGUUGCUUUCCAUGCUAGGGCCCUUGAGCAAGUUAAGGAACUUUCAUCUAAGGAACCAAACGUGGGCAGUUACCAAAGUGAUAACAAUAACGACAAUGAUAGCCUCGAUUGCGCUAUAUGCCUCUUCCCUGUUGGUAUAUGCCAGGCGCUCUUUAUUGCACCCUGCUCUCACACUUUUCAUUACAAAUGUUUGAGGACAAUCUUAAACACUCAUUACCCUUGUUUUAGUUGCCCGGUUUGUAGAACUUUCGCAGAUUUGGAGGAAGACAACCAUGAUGAAAUUCCUUCUGAUGAGUUUGGAAAGACACCAGCAAAUAAUCUGGCAGUACCUUGUUUAAAUGGCGUUAGACAUGAGAAUUCUCAUCGUGCGGAGGAUCUCACACUUGGUCUUGUUAGUUUUUAAAGUUAGCAUUGUUUUAGUUAUAGUUAGCAAAGCGAUUUUUUCAUAUUUUUUAUUUGUUACUUCAAGAUAACUAACUAUACCCGUCUUC